AGGUUUGGUGAGUCUGUGUUAAAGGAUAAUUCACAUAUCAGAGAAAAUGGCUGAGAAGAAGAUUGAACUUGUUGAACAUUAUCUGACUUGUCCUGUAUGUUUGGAGACGUUCAGAGACCCGGUGUCUCUGAGCUGUAACCACAGCUUCUGUUCAAACUGCCUGAAGGAAUUCUGGAAAGAAAAUGAAAACAGAACCUGUCCUAUCUGUAGAAGAAAAAACUCUAAACACAUAUUUGUGAACUUCACUCUGAAAGAACUGGCUGAUUCAUUUGCUGGGAGACUGAACAUUGGAUCAUCUGAGACAGAAAAAGGAGAAAAGAAGGUGGAGGUGGUCUGCAGCAAACAUCAAGAAGAACCUAAACUGUUCUGUAAAGAUGAAAACAGAGCUGUGUGUUCUAUCUGUGAUGUUUCUUUCCAUGACACUCACACUGUGGUUCCUGUAGAAGAAGCAGUUACUGAAAUGAAGGAUGAGCUGAAAUCUGACUUAAAGUCUCUACAGGAAAAGAAGAAGAAAUAUGAGGAAACACAGAAAACAUACAAUGAAAUAAUCCAACACUUAAAGAAACAGGUUUUGUUCACAGAGAAUCAGAUCAGAGCAGAGUUCAACAAACUCCAGCAGUUCCUGAAAGAGGAAGAGGAGUCCAGACUGGCAGCUCUGAGGGAGGAAGAGGAGCAGAAGAGGAGGAGUGUGAUCAGAGAGAUGAAGAGGAUUGAGGAGCAGAUGUCCUCUGUGUCAGACAGUAUCUGUGCUGUUGAAGAAGAGCUGCAGAAAGCCAGCGCUCCAUUCCUCAUCAGUUGUAAAGACACUCAGAGCAGAGCCAGAGCCCAGUGCUCAGUGUCAGAGCCACAGCUGAUCUCAGGAGCACUGAUCCAUGUGGACAAACACCUGGGCAACCUGUCCUUCAGAGUCUGGGACAAGAUGAGGGACAAGGUCCACUUCAGCCCCGUCAUCCUGGACCCAAACACUGCACAUGGACGCCUCCAUCUGUCUGAUGAUCUGACCAGUGGGAGACGUGGAGACACUAUUUAUCAGCAUCUUCCUGAUAAUCCAGAGAGAAACACUAAAUAUGCUGUUGUUCUGGGGUCUGAGGGCUUCAACUCAGGGAAACACAGCUGGGACGUGGAGGUGGGAGACCAUCCUAAAUGGAACAUCGGUUUGGUUAAAGAGUCAGUUGACAGAAAGGGAGAAAGAUUUGCAAUGCCAGAACAUGGAAUCUGGUGUUUAAAGCAUCGCAGUGGAGAAUACACUAUCGGUCUUAGUCAGACUGUGACAGUGCAGACGAGUCCACAGAGGAUCAGAGUUGAACUGGACUAUGACAGGGGGGAGGUGUCCUUCUACAACGCUGAAGACAAGACUCACAUCUACACCUACACACACACUUUCACUGAAAAACUCUACCCUUAUUUUUAUAUGGGAAAAUCUGGUGAUGCUAAAACCACUGAUAUUAAAAUCUGUCAGAGGAAGAUUUCUCUGUUGUUUAUGUAAAGGGUUAAAAAUGCAUGGUGCAUGGUAGUUAAAAAUAGAAAAAAGACACCCCACAUUUUUAAAAAAAUAUUUUUCGGUGUCUAAAAUAGUGAGUAGGAACUGAUUUCAUUGUACUUUACUUGUUGCUGCUAUACUCAAACAGGUCACUAGGGGGCGCAUAUUGCUUGCAAGGAAUGUAUGACCCCUCAGAGGCAGGCACAGUGAUGGGACUUCUGGUUCUUUGAAGGGAGUCGUUCAAUCAGGAGUCGUUUACUGAAAAGAACCGUUCAAAAGAUUGGCUCUUUAAUGUUUUUUUGCAUUAUUUUGAAACACCAGUGUUUUAAUG